GCGUGCCUUGACUGCCGCCACCUCCUCCUCUGCACUCCAUCCACCAUGGCCUCUCCCACCGCAGACACUCCCAUAAACGACGAAACACUCAAUACCCCUGCAUCAGAUGCUGCAGUCAAAGAUCUCGCCGAAGGCGUGGCCCAGGUCUCCGUGCAAGACGUGGUCUCCGACGACACAUCGACGAGCAAAAGCGAGCGCAUUUCCCGAAGACCGCUCAGAGUCUACACGCGGUCACAGGCCAUGCAUCUCCGCGAGUCUCCUCUAGUCAAACCGCCCGACGGCAUGCCAUCUCUGAAGGACUGGUUUGGAGAUUUCAAUGAACAACAAGCCAAUGCCAAGAAAGACAGUGAAACUGCCAGCACCCUCACUAACGGAAGAGAACGACGCUUCCGGCGAGAGGUCGAGGACAGCGACUCUCGGCCGUCAUUCCGCUCAGGACUUACUCAGCCAUCUCAAAUGGGUAACUUCAGACACCAAUCACUGCGUACGAAUGAUCGCGACAAGGAUAAGGACACAGAGCGAGAACGCGAGCGUGAUCUCAGGGACAGAGAGGGCCAAGAAAGACUGCGAAACCUCUCGGACAAGUAUGAUCGAGAGCGCCUCGCAUUGUCGUCUUCAGCGUCGGGUUUGCGCGGCAAAGAACGUGAUUCCGCUCCCCACUUGGCAACGGCUACAUCAGGUCGUGCAGGUCAGGCUCAAGCCUCCAGCUUGACUGCUCGACGCGCCGAAGGCCGAGAACCAGCAAAGCGCAAAAUUGGCGAAAGCAGUGAUGACUGGCGGAGAGGAUCAGAUACGCAACGGUCGGGAAGGGAUGAUCGCUCGGACGCAUCUCGACGAGACCGUGACAGACCGAGGUCAAAGGCUCGUGAUUCAUCCCGCUCCAGACGUGAACCCUCCACGAGGCGCGACCGCGACGAGCGAGACCGUGAUAGGCCUCGCGACAGACGUGGCGACGACCGCGAUGAUACUCGCAAAGACAAGGACGAGUAUACUCGCCGAGAACGAGACGAUCAUCGUCGCGAAUGGGACGACUUCUACAACCGCAGCGAUCGAGACCGCGACGACCAUUACCCACGUGGCGACCGUUACCGUCCCAGAGAUUCCGAGAGAGAGACCGAUGACGAUCCAAGGCGCUGGAGGGACGAUGGCAGACGAGACGAGCGUGUGGCAGCCCGACGUGAGCGAGACCGCUGGGACAGGCAUGAAGAGCGGGACAGGGAACGACCUUCGGAAGAUGCUCGACCGAGACGAGGCGCUGCGCGUGACCGGCGCGUGGGCGCUGCAGAAGACGGUAAGGAUAGAGAGGACAGGCGAGAACGCGAGAAAGAGGCUGAGCCUGCGUGGAUGGAGACGUACGUGCCUACUACCCCUGGAGGGGGUAUCCUUGGCGGACGGGGUGCGGAUGGGGAGCUAGACGGGAUUCAGGCCUGGAAGAAGGGCAUGAAGGAGAAGGAGCGUCAGGAGAAGGAGAGUGAGGCCGCAGCGAAGUCGUCUGAAGACGUCAAGUCGGCCACAACAUCUGCAACGCCCACUCAGCCGGAAGGGCAGCUCGACGAGAUACAGAUGUUCAAGCUCAUGAUGAAGCGAGAGGCGGACAAAAAGGAGAACGAGCAACACUCGAAGGAGAAUGCCGUCCCGCAGACCACUUCGGAGAGCAUGUCAUCGUUUGCGGCGGCAAGCAUCAAUGCGCCUUCUCAAAGCGUAGUCGAUGAGACACAGGCUAUCAUCAACCGUGCUCACGCAGACGGGCUGUCGUUUGCAAAGUCUACGGUUGCUCCUGAUGGUUCGCAAUCACUACUCUCCGUGCUCAUCCCUUCUGCUUCUGGCGAAGUUGUCUCAUCUUCCGUCUCGACCAAAUCACCAUCGCUCGAUCUACCGCCUGAAAGAUCGAGGGUCCUGGCGUCUCGUGCAACUCCAACUCUACCUCCUCCACCGGGUGUUGCUGCCCCGUCUUCCCUGUCCGCUGCAUCGUCCGUCGACGCCUCAUCGUCGAAUUUGUCUACUUCCUCCUUCAAUCCCCCGACUGGUUCCCGCCUCCUCGCAUUUGGCUCCCGUGCCCCUCCGGGAUUUCUUCCUGAGCCUAUACCCUCGAAGAGCCUGUCGGGUCUCGAGUCGCCUGCUGCCCAAAUGCCUCCACCAGGUAUCCCGGGUUUGCCGCAGAAAGGAUCUGCCGUACCUCUCACCUCUCACCCCUCUAUGCUACCCGAGGCUGUCCCAGGUUUCGGGGCCGAACAUCAUCACCUUCACAAUGGCCGGCACAAUCAUGGCGAUGGCGGACGGCUGCAGCGGAGCUUCUCACCGCACAGCAGCCUAUCUCAAGCAUCCGGUCAGUUCGACGAGCUCCAUGAGGGUCCGAUGCUUGGCCAGAUGGCUGACCUACGCCGCGGGUCCGCAGUCGAUCGAGCAGGCCUUGGUCUCGCUAACGAUAUUGGUCCUUCUUAUGGUGACUUGGGUCCCGGUGGUUCUCUUGAGGCGAACGGGAUACCCGGCGGCCCGAACUACGCCACUGGCAAGGGCAGCCGCUUCGCGAAGUUCUUCGAAACCAAACCCAGGGAAGCGCCACCUAUGCCGAACAGGAAGAUGUCCGGAAUGGCGGGCUUCCCCUCCAACGCCCAGAUUCUUGACCCUCGCCAGGGCGGCAUGGGUCUGAACGGAGGGAUGAACGGCAACGGUGAUGCCAGGACCAUGGAAGAUAUCUUCGCUAUGCUGCAGAACUCAGCGCAGAACCACCGUGCUUCACCCCAGAUCCCGUCGUCAGGACGCAUUCCGUCUGGAGGUAGCUCGUUUGGACACAAUCCGACCGACCUCAUGCAGCAACAGAUCCACCAACAGCAGCACUUCGCGCCAAAUAACCAUCUCGACUCGCUGUACGACAGCCGGAUAGAUGAUAGAUUCGUCCCCGAUGGUAUGGUCCCAGGGCUUCGGCCUGCGCCUCCACGGUCCCGGAGUCGGGAGCCCAGCGGUGUGCUCUUCAACGAACAGCUGGACGACCCUCUACACUUCAACGCCCGCUUGCAGCAGCAGCGUAGCCUCGACCAGAUGUACUCUGGGUCCGUACCUGGGAUGUACUCUCAGCAGCCGGGCAUGAUGCGGAAUGGCGGGAUGCCUAUUCAGCAGCAACAGUUCCGCGGAAACCCCUCUCCAAUAUCCAACCAAAAUGUGCUCGGAGGACCCGGGCAGCGCCUACCUCCUGGUCUUGCGAACCUAGGCGGCAGACCGCCACAUGACCCUUCGCAAUUUCUGGGUGGCCCCAUGGGCGUUAUGGGUGGUGGCCUUCAAGGCGGCAUGCAUGGCGGGUCGUCCCUCCAACAGGGCGGUUUCAACAACCUUAGCGGCGGCAUCGGUGCUGGUGGCAUGGGCGGGUACGGCGGAGCUCCCCAGCCUCGCGGCCCUGUGCUGCAGAACCCCCUCGGUCUUAACUCUAUGGCCAACAUGGGAUUGCAGAACAGCCUCGAGCUGAGGGCAGCUAACCAGGCUCAGCUACUGGGCAUGGGCGGAGGCAUGAGCGGCAACCUUGGUGCCGGUGCCGGUCUUCGAGGGCACGGUCCAGGAUUCGGCCCUCAGCACGGGCCCUCGGGGCAGCUUCCGUCGCAUAUGGCAAUGCGUCAACAGCAACAGCAACAGCAGCAGCCAUCACACUUGCCCCAUAUGCUCCCGCCCCACCUCUCACAGCAACAGGGGCUGCCUGGCGGAAGUGCUCAGGGCACGCAGGACCUGAUGGCCCUCUUGAUGGGUGGUCACCGGGAAUAGACGACGCCAUUUUGUUUUCUUUGUAGGUCGUGUCGGGCGAGUGAUAUUCGUUCCCGGCGGGGUAGCGUCGUGGCUAGUCAUUUGACGCAAGCGAAGAUAUAAUGCCGUGCUUACAGGAGCCGACGCCCACGCCUUCUACCGUCGUGCGUCAUCGCUCUCAACGCUUCUCUCUUUUUGAGAUGUGGGAUGUCCCUGGUCAGCGGCCCAGGAAUGCCGCUAACGUUCGUUCGCAAUUGGUACCAAUAUCGUACGUAUAGUCACGUAUUCAUGAUGGACUUCAGACGACUGUCGAGCCGAUAUAUACCGUUUUCUUCGUUGGGCCGCCGAUGGGUGGUCUGCUGUA